ACAGAAAUAGUGUUGUGUUUUGCAGGUGCUGGUGUGCACAGCACUGGCACUCCGUGCCCAAACAGAAGAAUGCUCCCAGCUUAGAGAUAGGCCCACACCAGGAUGAGACCUGCGCAUGGCUCUUCGCUCCACUCCUGCUUCCCCUGCAGCAGGGCAGAGUGGGCCACGUACUCAUGUCAGCAUUGGGAUAGGCUGCACUCUUUGGCCUCUUCCUUAUCGUAACCUGAUGCUUUCCUGGAAGCGCUGGAUCUGCCGUGUGUGCCAUCAAUUUGCUCAGCAGUUUCCUAAGAAUGAGCAGGGGAAAAGCACGAGCAGACAGAGCCAGCAGACUGCUCCCUGUGCAGCCCCCAGCCGCCCCAAAAAGGCGUUUCCCACCGCUCUCAUCACUGUCUUGAUGGUCCGAUACUGCCUGCAAGCUGUAGGCUGGGUCGCAUACCUAAAGAUUGAGACUGGUUGCAAGAGAAUUCUGUAGAAAACAUGGUUUUUGUUUAGAAAAGCUACAUCUGGAUCAAAAAUAAACAUUCCUCGUGUA